AUGAGCUACGAGAUUCAGCCCAUAGUGAAAGGUACACGACGCGAUCCGGCGCCGAAGCGGUACAACAAGGCGGCAGGUAAGAGUCCGUUCGGUGUAUUUCCCCCUGGCUACGCGCCAAGAAAGGCGCCCCCUGCCGAUGUCACGGAGGCGCGUGAGGAGGAGCCUGUGUCGUUGCGUGGAGUCAAGUUCGCCUAUGCGGGCCCAAAAACCGGCUUUGGCGGAGCCACAAGUUCGCUCUAUAAGGGCCGUCCAAACAACACCAACUCGGACGCCUUUUCGGCCAACGGUGCGGGUGACAGUAAGCCUCCGAAGGCGGGUGCAUUUAAGCGGCGCGUUAUUCCCCCGACUGAAUUUCGUCGGUAUUAUGAUCGUGGUGACUUGCCGUUAGCUGUGUCACACGGAAGCCGACCCAGCAUCGAUUGGAAGGUGGAGGUGGAGCGACUGGACUACCACCACUACCUUCCCAUCUUCUUUGACGGGAUACGUGAGACGGAGGAGCCGUACAUGUUUCUCGCCCGUCAGGGAUGCUUGGAUCUCCUUCAGCGCGGCGGCACCAAGAUUCUUCCCACCAUUCCGCAGCUUAUCAUUCCCAUCAAGACGGCACUAAACACGCGUCAUCCGGAGAUUAUCUGUGCCACUCUUCGUAUUCUGCAGCAGUUGGUGGUCAGCGGCGACCUCAUUGGCGAGGCUCUCGUUCCAUAUUACCGACAGAUUCUCCCCAUGUUGAACCUGUUUAAAAGCCGCCACAAGAACCGCGCCCGCGGAGACACGAUUGAUUUUGGUCAGAGGAAGCGCGACGAUGUAGGCGACUUGGUGGAGGAGACGCUGCAACUGCUUGAGUUGCACGGCGGCGACGAUGCGUACAUCAACAUCAAGUACAUGGUUCCGACCUACGAAAGCUGUGUGUUCAGCUAG